GUUCGUGCAUAGUUUGACACCGGCUUGUGGUUGAAGACCUGAAUAGUGCUGCUUUGUUGUGAUUUAAGUGGUAUGCGGCUUAAAAAGUUGUGCUAACUCAUCUAUUUAAACAAAAGUACUAAUUUCUGUUAUUUUCUGUUUUGGAUCAUUUUCGGGGUUUAGUUUAACCAAAAACGCAAAGAAACUUUUAUGUUUUGCUAUAACUAACUUUAAAUUUCUAAGUCAAAUAUCUUUUGAAUAAUUUUACUCGUGUUUCCCACUUGUGCCUUUUCCACAAAUCUGGGCUCAUCCUCUGCCACGUUUUCUCGGAGUUGCCCUCGCCGCUUGGGCAUGUGACCCAGGCGUCCUCCUAGGAUGCACCUGUCGGAUAUGAACGGUCUAGACGCGGGGUACAUGAGUGCGGACAUCCUGGCAGAGCGGACCUUGGACGGCAUCCUGUCGGAACACCCCGGGGAACUCGUGAGGACGGGGAGUCCCCAUGUCGUGUGUACGGUGCUUCCUCCCCACUGGCGGUCCAACAAGACGUUGCCCGUGGCCUUCAAGGUGGUGGCUCUAGGAGACGUGACGGACGGCACCGUGGUCACCGUCAAGGCGGGCAACGACGAGAACUACUGCGCCGAGCUGAGGAACUGCACCGCCGUCAUGAAGAACCAAGUGGCCAAGUUCAACGACCUCAGGUUCGUCGGCAGAAGUGGCAGAGGUAAGGGGAAGAGCUUCACGCUGACUAUCAUCCUCAACUCCUGUCCUCCUCAAGUCGCUACCUACAACAAGGCCAUCAAGGUCACGGUGGACGGACCCCGGGAACCUAGGUCGAAGACGAGGCACCAGCCGUUCCACCCGUUUCAUUUUGGGCCUCGACCGUUCCCGUUUGGACCUCACCUAGAUCCUCAAAGGGUCGCAGAGUCUUUACCCUUUAAACUAUCUGGGAUGGCGCAUCACCUGAGCAUGGGUGCUGGGGAAGGCCCGUGGGGCAGUGCGUUUACCAGAGGUCUAGGGGCUUACCCACCCCCGUACCUGCCCCCUCACUGCGCAGCCCCCCCUGGCCUGCACCCCCCUCACUUUCCCAGGAUGUUGGCGCUCUCCGCCGCCGCUGCCGAGCAGUCGUUACACCCAUCAGCGAGAGUGACAGAGCUCGUCCGGUCACCAGGUCCGGAGCCCCUAGGACCCAUCAGUGUGAAUGUCACCCCUGAACGACGGACACCUCCCUCAGAUACCUCCCCAGCUAGGAGAAGGAAGAGGUCCAGGUCUCCCUCGGAGCCUCCUAGACCACCUGAGGCUCCUGUGUCCUCUACGUCAUCAGGAUCUGCGGAGCCCCCACGGAGUGUAUCCCCCGUGUACCCCACAAGUCCUCCCUUGCCGUUCCACCCCAACCCCGCCUUCUUCAGCCUCUUCCUCAACGCCCCGCUGUUGCAACCUUCCCAGUGGCUGUACUCUCAGCUGUAUCCUCAUCACCCAUACAACCACCUGCAAUUUAGGAACCCGCCCCCCGAGGAAGCCUCUUCGGACUCCAGAAAGUCCCCGCCAAGCUCUCCAAGUCCUGUCAGGAUCAAAAGUCCUUCCCCUCCACCCUCUUCGGCUCCAGAACCCAAGAGUACUUCAAGAAGUUCCGAUGUGUGGCGACCGUACUAGUGGUUGUGUACUUCAAGGAAACAUCGUAAAGACUUACUAGAGAUGUUUAAGGAGAAAAUCAAACCAAGUAUAGUUACAAAGAGAACUUUGAAUCUGCAUCAAAAGUGAUAUUAUUUCCCAACUUGUUUUAAGAAACAGUACAUUUUACAAGGGUAUGGUAGGAUUCCAUCAUGUUUCGAUAUGAACAUUUGAAAUCUUAAGAUGUUGUCAGCCUUAAGUUUGCCAGAUUUUAGAGGCCAAUAAAUAGCUAAAUCUUUAAGUUACUUAUGUUAUAAAGAAUGAAAAGUUGAAACUUACUAAACAUUUCCUGAGCUGAAAGACCUUUUUACAAAUUUAUUUAUUUUAUAUCAAUUUUGUUUGGUCGAUGCUGCAACAGAAAUAUUAAACAUACUCUUAAACCUUUAUGAAAUUUUGGGGCGUUGAUAUAAUUAAUGUGUACAAAACUUGUUGAGUGGCUCAAUUAAUUUUUACAUGUUGUAGAGAAACUCAUCCUUAUUGUAAAUUCAAAUAUCACAUUUUUAUAAUCUCGAUGGGAUAGUGUACAAAUUACAGGUUAUUCCUAAUGUCUAUUAUUUUCUACCCACACUGAUGUUGUACUUAUGUAAAUAUGUGGAUCACAUUGUAUGUAAAAACGAUAGGUUAAUAAAUCGAAGGA